AUGCCGGUGGACGUCAGCUUUACCGAAAGACUAGGCAACAUUGUGUCUUUGACAAAUGCUUUCAUUUCAGCAGGCGACGAUGGAGAUUUGGCUCGCAACAAGGCCAGAGAUGUCGAGGGCGAAAUUCUGCAGUCGGCUUCUUCUCCAGAAGAAUACCAGAGACAGCUACAAGAAGCCCUACAAGCCUCCCACACCCACGAUGUAUCGCCCUCGGUCGAGUCCGAUCCUCCGCCAGAGCCCGAAAUACUGAACCAUGAAGGUCCUAGCUUUGGAGCUUACGAGUUCGCAACCUACCAUUCAGACGGGCAGAUGUCGACGAUUUUCAAGGCACAGGCAAAGCAUGACAAAGGCCCGGUUCGAAUAGUGGCCCUGAAAGUUACUUGUCCGGCCAUGACGGCGCCGCCGCAUAACUCGGAGCGGGAAGCUCGACUGCUCGUCAAGGCGCGGCAUGAGCAUGUAGUGCCUCUCCUAGACACCAUUCACGAAUCAGGGGGGAAAUUCAUCCUCGUGUUCCCCUUUCUCAGGCAAGAUCUGGAAAAUCUGCUCCGGUCAGGCAGGUUGGACAAGAACCAAGCAAGCAUGGUAUUUGAUGGACUCUUCCAAGCCUUGGAACACAUUCACGCACUGGGCAUAAUCCAUAGAGAUGUCAAGCCGUCCAACAUCCUGCUAAAGUCGAUGACUGGACCAGUCUACCUGAUAGACUUCGGCAUCGCAUGGUCUCCCGAGGACAAGGACUCGGAGCCGGCAGAGUCCAAGAUAACCGAUGUUGGUACAACCUGCUAUCGCCCUCCAGAGAUCCUUUUUGGUGAUCAUUCAUACGACACCUCGUUGGACAUAUGGGCAGCAGGAUGCGUUGUCGCAGAAAUCGUCAAAGAGGGCCACUUUCCGGUGUUCGACGCUGGUCCGUUGGGCAGCGAGCUCAGUCUGAUCAGAUCCAUAUUUACGACGCUUGGGACACCGGAUGCUGACAGUUGGCCCUCUGCGAAAGCAUGUCGUGACUGGGGCAAGAUGAGAUUUCAGAAGUACCCAGCGAAACCUUGGAGCGACAUUCUGCCCGGUGCUCCCGUGUCCGCCAUUGACUUUGUGUCCCGAACUGUGUGCUACGAAAAGACAAGGAGGUUGACUGCAAAGGAAGCUCUUCAGCAUGAUCUGAAGUCUGUCAUUGGGAGAUGA